AUGGGUGUAAGAAUAUGUUUUCAUCUGUUUUUACUUUUGAUAAUGACAGUGGUCACAGGACCUGUUUGUGUUAGAGAGAGAAAGCUUAACCUGAGUGAGGACCUCAUCCAAGUCCAUCCACAAACAGGAAAGAAAACAGAGUUGGCUAAACUUCAGGCAAAGAACACACAGUGCAACAAUCCAGUGGUACUUAACUCAAGCCAGAAAACUAACAAUGAAAAUACACCUCAUUCUAAUAGCACGUUCCUAUUCUUGUGUGAACUACAGAAGUUUUUAAAUGAAGUCCUGCCCCAGAAAAAUCCAUUGUUACACGGAGCAGCCACCAUAGUCAGUCCCAGUGUUCUUCACUCCCUGCCACCUCUAACACUUGGAGAGUCAUCAAGUGAGUCCCUUCUUUUAGAACUAGUAAACUCCUCAGGGCUGACAGUGUUCUCUUUCCCUCGGGAAAGCCUGGGACUGAGGACCCACAAAGUGAUGCUGGACCUAAAUCCAUUAAUGCUCUCUGUCCUAAAAAUACGGCUAGAUGAGGCUUUAGCCCAAGUGCAGAUGGAGGAAGCCGGACAAGGUGUGAUGGAUAACUUGAAGAUUCUCAGUGUACUUAGUGCACUUCCUGAAAAUGGAGAUGGAUGUGAAACAGAUUUGGAAAACUCACAUGAGGUCCAGUACAGAGCUCUCUUACUGCUGAAGGCCUUACAGGCAGUGUUGAGUGCCUGGGCAGUGGAAAGAGCUCAACGGGCAGCCCGAGCUGACCAGGAGAAUCCCAGUAAACCUUUUCAGUGUCACCUUCAGAGUUUUACUGUGUCCCUGGAUAAGUUCUUUUUGGAGCCAUCCACAGUAAACAUUAACAACUGUGAGGGGGCAUGUGGUUUCCCACUGACAAAUGGCAACAACCAUGCUAUUCUGUUAAACAGCCAUAUACAGAAUGGGCAGCCCUCAAAUCGUGCGCUUUGCUGUGUGCCAGUGGCCUAUGAUGACCUUUGUGUUAUUGAACUGCAUGAUGAUUCCACCGUUAUCUCUUACAAGACCAAUAUGGUAGCCAAGGAGUGUGGCUGUCGCUAACAGUAUUAGCUUUACAAACAGUACAUUUUACAAAGGUGUAAUGGAUGACCUUACCUUGCAGGUAUUAUUUUGCCUAACAUGCUUAAUGCUGUACAUGUAAAUAUAUUUGUUAAUCUCUAAGUAGUUUUUUUUGUUAAAUAUAUGAAUAGUUUAUAGUUUGCCUGUAUAAUGCAAGUUUUUCAUGUUUUGAUUUUAACCCUUGUGGAACUAAAGCUAUUUUAAGUUUGUACUUUAAUUACAAGAAUGCUAUUGGGAUUUAAUUUAUUUGGUGGUAAUAUAACCUAGAUUAAGAACAACAUUUCAAAAUAGACAUAGAAAUGUCAUUUAUAAAAAUGCAUUUAGGGUGUUGUGUAUUAUUGACAUUCUGUCAUUAUAACGAUAAACAACGUUUGUGUAUGUUGUUAUACAGUAUGUAACCUUCAAAUAAAAACGGAAAUUAGUAAUGUAUAAAAUGUCUUACAGGUAUUUACUGCA